GUAGACAAAAUGUUGCAGACCCUGUUUGCUGUUGCUCUUCUGUGUCUAGCGGUCGAUGCAGACCACGUAGAGGAAGACCCUCACUGGGGAUAUGAAGGCAGCACAGGUCCUGCAUUCUGGCCGUCAUUGUUCCCUGAAUUCUGUUCUGGCAGCAGUCAGUCGCCAAUUGAUCUGAAUGACGACGAUGAUACACUUGAGAUUUCGACCGAUGACUGGGUGCUUGACAGAUACGAUAUUAUUCCAAAUAAAAUGAUCAUUAAGAACAAUGGACACACAGCCCAGAUUGAGUGGACCACGACAGAUAUCACUGAAGUCCCAAACGUGUCCGGUGGGAAAUUAGGCGAUAGUUACGCUUUCGCCCAAUUCCAUUUCCACUGGGGAGAGAAAAACACAAGGGGAUCCGAACACACCAUCAAUGACGAACAAUUUCCUGCCGAGCUUCACCUGGUGCACUUUAAUACCAAGUAUGAUACCAUUGGCGACGCGGUUCAGAAAGGAGACGGUCUUGCAGUGUUGGGGGUUAUGUUGGAAAUCGCAGAGGAAGAUAACGAGAACUUGAGCCCAAUCAUCGACGGAUUGAGUACUAUAGUAAAUGCAGACAGCCAAGAAACACUGGCAACACCCUUCCGUCUUAGCGACUUGCUACCAGCGGAUACCAGCUCUUUCUACAGGUACUCGGGUUCCUUGACCACUCCCACCUGUAACGAGGUCGUUACCUGGACUGUCUUCGAAAAUUCCAUACCAAUUUCAGAGGCUCAGAUUGAGAAAUUCCGGGAGCUUCUCGAUGAAGAAGAGCACCACAUUGAAGACAACUUCCGGCCUGUCCAGCCCCUCAACGGCCGUUCACUUAAGAAGAUCCAGCUGAUAUGAUCUACACGAGGACCAAACCACAUCUUGGAACUGGGGCCGACGACUUGGAAAGGGGCAGCCUUCUUCACUGUAUCUGUCGCGUUGUUAUUGAAGGAAGCAUCAAAAUUCACGUAAAAAAGAUCCUUCCUGGGUGGCGAGAGCAAAAUCCGGGUCGGAGUUUUUCGGUUGAACAUCGUUUGGUUUAGAAUUGUUAUCUUUUCGUUAUUAUUGUGUUUGUGUGUUCAUAUCUCUUUAUUCGAGUGUCUAUGGUACUGGCAGUUAAUAAUCUAAUAUACAUUGUUUGCAUCUC